UAAAUCCUACUUUGCGCCGGAGUAAAGAUGGCGGAAGUGGGAUCGCAUUGCGCAUGCUCGAUUCUCCAUGGAUCGUUGGAUCGGGACUUAGAGCAGCGAGGCAGUGUUUGUUUUCCAGAACAUAGCAGGCAGCUCAGAAGAUCUCUUCUGAUGUUUGAAACUCAGGAGAAAUGAAGGGACAGCAGAAAGCGGCAGAAAUUGAAGAAGGAAAUAUCCGAGUACAGGAAGGUGCAGUAGCAACUGGAGAAGAUCCAACAAGCGUAGCAAUUGCCAGCAUCCAGUCCGCAGCCACAUUCUCUGAUCCUGGAGUAAAAUAUGUCUUCCGCACAGAGAAUGGUGGAGCACAGGUAAUGUAUCGUGUAAUACAAGUAGCAGAGGGUCAGCUUGAUGGGCAAACUGAGGGCACAGGUGCCAUCAGUGGAUUCCCUGCCACCCAGUCCAUGACCCAGGCUGUUAUUCAAGGUGCUUUCACCAGUGAGGAUGCGGGUGAAACGGAUGCAUCGGGUGCAGAAACUCACUAUACAUAUUUUCCUACUACUGUGGCGGACGCCAGCACGUCCGUGGGAGCUGGAGCUACGGCCACCACUGUGGUGACCACACAGAACAGUGAGGCUCUCCUGGGACAGGCUACAUCCACAGGUGCAGGUCAAUUUUUUGUGAUGAUGUCACCACAAGAGGUUCUCCAAGGCGGAUCACAAAGGUCUAUUGCUCCAAGAGCCAACCCCUACUCACCUAAGUCUGACGGCCCUCGCACUACAAGAGAUGAGAAAAGGCGUGCGCAGCACAAUGAAGUGGAACGUCGACGUCGGGACAAAAUUAAUAACUGGAUUGUGCAACUUUCAAAAAUUAUCCCUGAUUGCUCUAUGGAAAACACUAAAUCUGGACAGAGUAAGGGUGGCAUCCUAUCCAAAGCAUGUGAUUACAUACAAGAACUGCGCCAAAGCAACCACCGCCUCUCUGAGGAAUUACAGAAUCUGGACCAACUGCAGAUGGACAACGAGGUGCUGAGGCAACAGGUUGAAGAUCUGAAAAACAAGAACCUUAUUCUGCGUGCACAGCUACGUCAUCACGGAGUAGAGAUCAUAAUUAAGAAUGACAGCCGCUGAGCGGAGGAGCAGAUUCUGGGGCAGGGGGAGGCCUACUUUACUCAGCUCUUACAGCAAAGGACCAAGCUAUAUUCCUGGCUCUUCUGUGACUUUAUCCGAUUUGUGCUCCCCUCCUGUUCCCCAUUCCUUAGCUGACUUCUUUUGUUUUUGGAUACCCAGAUGAACUCCGAUAGUGAUCUGUGUUUCUAAAACAAUGUAAAUAUUCUCGUCAGCAAUAAGUCAAGAAAAGGGUGUCUCUUUCCCUGAGCUGAGGACAACUUCUCUAGCCUGGAUUCUGGGAGGUGAUAUUUGGUCCUUUUUACAAGGAUUUGUAGAAAAUGUAUAUUUCUCCAUUUUUUUUUACGUGUUGAUGUGACUGCUCCUCCUUCUGUUGGAAUGAAUGCCUAUUUUAGUUUGUUUUAGGUUUAAAUGUCAUGUACAGUAACUGCAUAAUUUUCUCUCUAUUUACUACCUAAAGCCUGGGCAGGCCUAAAGGCUGGCAUUGGUCAGCAGUGAUAACCGUUCCUAUUAUGCUACCUUUUUUUAUUUUUUUUUGAGCAAAUGUCCCACUGUGAUAAAAAUGCUGCGACCAUUACAAUUAUUGGGCUGUUUUUUGGGUCUUCCAAGUUAGCAAAGACUGUUGUUCAUAAUAGUUUCAUGGGUACAUAUUUUACAUUUUUAUUUUUGCUUGUGUGUUUUAUUAUCAAGGGUAAGUGCUUCUGCAUUAUGGCAUCCAAAUAUCAGUAUAACCCCUUUUGAUAUUACGUUUCACAUCUGGAAAAUGUGGUCUACCUUUAAGUAUGAAGUUGGAUUCAUUGUGCACUGUUUUGGAUGGUUUCUUGGCUCGAGUGUAAAUUGUCCACUCUAAAAGAAUUGCUUUAAAAGCAGUCUUUAGUGCAAUGGUUUCAUUAUAUAAUUCAAUAUAUAAGGCACUUGUAUAUAUUGCACUUAAUUGAACUUAAGUUACGUUUUGGGUGAAUCUGAAAUCAGGGUGGCCAUCUGCUUUCUCUCUGCUGUCUCCAUUUACAAUGGCAACAAAAACAAAAUCGGGUUUUCUUUGUUCGUUUAAAUGAUGUGAAAAAACAAGUCAUUUUUGGUUUGUUUUAUUUGUGUGCUCCCUUAUUAAUUGUGGAACCCUUACUGAUUUAGUCUAGCAAAUUAUUUUCUUAUUCACUAAAUUCCUAACUGUAAUGAAUUAAAAUCAGAAUGGCAAGAUGACUGGGAAUUCAAAGUUAAAGGUCCCCCCAAAAAACUUUAACAUUUUAACUUUGUGUAUAUGCCUCUGCAGUCUCACUGCUAAGUUCUCUGUAAUUUAGUAAUUUAAUCACUUUAUUUAUGGGGCCCUAGGCACACCUCCCUGCAUGGGACUUUCAGAGCCUUCAUAAACAAUUCCUGUAAAAAGUAAUCUAAUGUUUAAACUUCCUUUAUUGCAAAUUCUGUUUAAUUUUCGUAUCUCCUACUCUGUUAAUAGCUUUCUUGACUCUGCAGGAGCCUCCUGAAUGUAAUUAGAAUUCAAUUUACAGAGCAGGAGACAACUUUGAACCCCUUAAGGACCAAACUUCUGGAAUAAAAGGGAAUCAUGACAUGUCACACAUGUCAUGAUUCCCUUUUAUUCCAGAAGUUUGGUCCUUAAUGAGUUAAAGUAAGUUACAUCUGAUUUGAAAAUUAAACCAUUUUGUUUUCAUGCAGGCUGUCAAUUCAGGCGAGGUGUGGCUAGGGCUAA